ACUAAAUACACCUGCGAUUCAUAUAUACAAUUACCCCCGCGGUGAUCGACAAAAAAAUGGCCUUCAACCUUCCUCCUUUCCUGGCGCGUCUUGCCCGCCCCUUUACACAGUCCAGCCGACUCUCUAUUGCUCCUGAUCAAUCCGCCGCAUCAGUCAUUCCCGAGGGCGCUCAGCGCUGCACCGUGGCCGCAGGCUGCUUCUGGGGCACCGAGCACCUCUACCGCAGGCACUUUGCUGACAAGGGUCUUAUCGACGCAAAGGUCGGCUACAUUGGUGGUGAUCUUGAGAACCCUAGCUAUCGCGCCGUCUGCGGCGGCAAGACUGGACACGCUGAAGCCGCGCAAAUCAUUUUCGACCCGACAAAGGUCACAUACGCGCAGCUCCUCGAAUUCUUCUACAAGACGCAUGACCCCACGACACUCAACCAGCAGGGCCCCGAUACCGGCCCCCAGUACCGCUCCGCUAUCUACUUCCACAACCCCGAGCAGGAGAAGAUUGCGCGCGAAGUGACAGAGAAGGCCAACAAGCAGUGGUGGAAGGGCGGCAUCGUGACUGAGAUUGCGCCUGCUGGCAAGUGGUGGACUGCCGAGGAGUACCACCAGCUCUACCUACACAACAACCCCUCUGGUUAUGAGUGCCCUAGUCACUUCAUGAGACCAUUCCCUCCUCUGGAGUGAGUCGCGACAGAUUAGCUUCUGGGUUCUGAUUGAACAGAAAGUCACAAAUGAUAUCAUCAAAAGGGAGAGGAAAAUAUAUGGAAAAUGCCAUAUAAAGCCAGGAUUUACUUGUAUAUAAGAGUCAUCAUUCGAGUUGGAGAAGAAAUUUGAUCUUUUUUUUUUU